AUGUUCAGUCUACUAUUUCUUCAAUUCCUUCAGCAGCACUUUAUCGCUACUGCUAUUCUCCUUCUUAUUCCUAUUCCUCUUCGUGCAAUUGAGAUAUACCUUCGGAGAUGGAGACUCGCUCAAGCCAAAGGCUGUCAGGACGCCACGAGCAAAGUCCCUGUCAAAGACCCCAUCAUUGGUUUCGACUUUCUAUACAGGGCCUUUUUUGUUCAAGCUCCAGAACGAUACCUGGACAACACAUGGCAAGCCUUUAAGAAGAUGGGGACGACUUACAUAGAAAGGAGGUGGUCAUGGCAAUGCGUCUACACUUGCGAUCCCCGGAACCUCAAGCAUAUUCUCGCAUCCGCCAGCGAAGACUUUGAUCUUCCAGAGUUUCGAACUUCAGUCAUUGGAAAUGCCUUUGGGCAGGGCAUCUUUGUCUUAUCCGGACAUACAUGGAAGCACGCCCGGGCCGUACUGAGACAGAGUUUCAGGAAAGACAACCCGACACCAUUCCUCGAGACUUUGGAACGGAACUUCCAGGCUUUCUCAAAACAUGUUCCCACUGAUGGCUCUGAAGUCGACCUCCAGCCUCUGUUCCUGGCUCUUACUAUGGAUGUCUCGACAGAGUUUCUCAUGGGACACUCGACGAAUAUGCUUAGUGAGAAGGCAGACCAUACCCGAGAGCAGCAGUUUGUUGAUGAUUACAUGAUUUGCUCUGAGGAGAUCAUCCAACAGAUGCAGCUUGGUCCUCUGCACCGUCUCAAGUUCAACUUUGCGGCUAAGAGGGCUAGAAGUAGGGUAUACGAGUAUCUCGAUACCUUUAUCGAAGAGUCCCUGAACAGUCCCAAACGUGGUUCAGAGGGCGGUUUUCUCACAGAAAUGAUGGCGAUAGCCGGGGACAAAAAAGGUCUAAGUGGCCAUAUCUUACACAUCCUCCUCGCAAGCCGUGACACAACAUCAAGUCUCCUCAGCAACCUUUUCUUCUUCCUAUCAAAGAACCCUCGGAUAUACACAAAGCUAAGAGACCAAGUUCUGAAAGUGGCUAGCCAAGAACCCCCUAUUGCAAGUCAACUUAAAGAAAUGACCUACCUCAAAUGGUGUGUCAACGAGUCCUUGAGGCUGCAUCCUGUCAUCCCCACAAACACCCGCGUCGCAGUCAGGGACACGACGAUUCCUCGUGGUGGCGGCGCCGACGGAAGGUCACCACUGUUUAUUUCCAAGGGAACAGCCAUGUUCUACAACGUUUACGCCAUGCAUCGAAACCAAGACGUUUUUGGCCACGGGCCUGAAGACUUUAUCCCAGAGAGGUGGGAGGAUCUGAGACCUGGCUGGGGGUAUUUGCCUUUCAACGGUGGAGCUCGCGCUUGUAUCGGACAACAGUAUGCUCUUCUGGAAACGCAUUAUGUGGUGGCUAGGAUGGCGCAGACUUACAAGCUGCUUGAGUCCCGUGAUGAUCAGGAGUGGAUGGAGUUGUAUGCCUUGGCAUUAUGUUCUAAGAACGGCACCCGGGUGGCUGCCAGGAUCUGA